AUGUUGAUACGAUCUCUUGGGAUAGCUCACUUGACAAGUGCUGCUAGAUGCCAGAGUCUUUUAUCAAUUAGAUAUUUGAAUCUGUUGGGACAUCAGCAUGGAAGGAGCAUGAUGACCAGAUGCCAGACACUGGAUAAUCAAUUGAUCCAAUGUCGAACCCAAUUCCAUACGAGCACGAGGCUUUUAAAUGAGACUACUAAGCUGGAACAACUGAUCGACGAACAAGCGAUUGCGGACAAGGUGCUUUUCCAACCUGUUCGAGAAAGAAUUGAAGCAAUAAAACGAAAACGAAUAGAAGAAGUGGAACAGAAGACAGAAGAACAACAAAGUCAAAAGAAAUCAUUCAAAGACAAUAUAAGAACAAUUGGGAGAAUUAUAAGACUCGGUAAACCGGAUAUUAAGCUAUUUUUGUAUGCUUUAGGGUUUAUUUUAUUUGCGGUAUUGUAUCCAACUACAGCAGUUAAACUUGUUGGUGCAUCUAUUGAUGCCUUCAAUAAUGGAACCUUAGAUGAGGAUGGCAAUCUUCUGAUUUGGGGAUAUAAAUAUUCUACUGUUUUUGGUGUUAUGGUGCCAUUCAUGUGUGUUAGUGCUGUUUGCUUCUGGGCAAGAAUAUGGACAUUGAAAGUAUUGGGUGAAAGAUUAGUUGCUCGAUUAAGAUUAAGAGUCAUGAAGACAUUAUUAAGACAUGAUGCUACAUUUUAUGAUCAAGAAAAGAAUAAAGUUGGUGAUUUAAUCUCAAGAUUAUCAAGCGAUGCUUAUGUGGUUUCAAGAUCUAUUACUGGGAAUUUACCUGAUGGCCUAAAGAAUUUACUUUUCGGUAUCAUCAGUGCUUAUAUGAUGUUUUAUAUUAAUCCUUUAUUGUUUGGAGUUAUGUUAAUGAUUUCUCCUCCAAUUACUUUUGGUUCAGUAUGGUAUGGUGAAAAGAUUCGAGCUUUAUCAUCAAGAUUACAAAAUGCAGCUGCUGGACUUACAAAAGUAAGUGAAGAAACUUUAAAUGCCACCAAAUUAGUUCAAGCUUACACUGCUGAACAAAAGGAAUUGACCAAAUAUUCAGAUAAAAUCCGGAAAGUCGUUCAAGUUGCCAGAAAGGAAGCCUUAGCUCAAUCAAAUUAUCUGGUUUCUAUUUAUCUGUUAUACCAUUCUGGUUAUUUGGCAUGUAUUACUUUGGGAGUUUACCUUAUUAUAAAUGGUAAAAUGAGUACUGGUGAUGUUAUUGCUUUCACGAUGUAUUCCGAGUUGUUUAACCUGGCUCUUUAUAGUCUUACUACUACGUACAUGGAACUUAUGAAGGGAGCUGGGGCUGGUACUAGACUCUUUGAAUUAAUUGAUUAUAAGAGUGAUGUUAAUCCAGUUACUGGUAGUGAGAGGAUGCCCAAUAAAAUCAAUGGUGAUAUUGAAUUUAAGGAUGUUUGGUUUUCUUAUCCUACCAGACCAAAGGAAUGGGUCUUCCAGGGUGUUUCUUUCCAUGUACCAAGUGGAUCUUCAACAUGUCUUGUAGCCCCCUCCGGAGCAGGGAAGUCGACCAUUGCAACAUUACUUUUAAGAUCAUAUAACAUUCAAAAGGGUGAAAUUUUAAUUGGAGGUACGGAUAUUUCUAAGCUUCAAGUGAGAGAUUUAAGAAGAGAAAUCAUUGGAGUUGUUCAACAAGAACCAGUUUUAUUAAGUGGGAGUAUUUUGGAGAAUAUUGUUUAUGGGUUAAGUCCUGAAGAGAUUAACAAAUUAACCAUGGAUGAUGUUAUUUCUGUUAGCAAGCAAGCCAAUUGUCAUGAUUUUAUUUGUGUUUUCCCUGAAGGAUAUGAUACAAUUAUUGGAUCAAGAGGUGCACUGUUAUCUGGAGGACAAAAGCAAAGAAUCGCCAUUGCCAGAGCAUUGAUUAAGAGACCCAAGAUUCUUAUAUUGGAUGAGGCUACUUCGGCACUUGAUUCUAAGCUGGAAAGUCUUAUAAAUGAGACAUUAAAGGAUUUAACUCUUCAAGGGAAAUUAACCAUCGUAUCAAUUGCUCAUAGAUUAUCAACUAUUUCCAAAUCAGAGAACAUUAUUGUAUUAGGAAAGAAUGGGAAGGUGAUUGAACAAGGUAAAUUUGUUCAAUUAUUUCUGAAUCCUGAUUCUGAAUUAUCCAAGUUAUUAGAUGAAUCGUUGUACAUGCAACAAGAAGAGAAGAUAAGUGAAGAUGAAGUUGAAGAGAUUGAACGAGAAGAUCGAAUUGCUCAACAAGUUGAAAAUCAUCAGAAAACAGAAAAGCUACAAGCUGUUAGAUCGAUUAUUGAUGAAUUACCUUAUGAAUUGAGAAAACAACUUAUUGAACAAAUUAAUAAAGAUCUAGAAUCAAAUCAUGAGGAGAAUAGUAUAACUAAAUCAAAGAUACUAUCUUGA